AUGGAGGUUACAAGGAAUAACUUCUCCCGGCUUCUGCCACGGAUGCUGCAGGAUAUAGGAGACUGUUCCUUCGUUGCCCUCGACUUCGAAUUCUCAGGAAUUUUUAACCAGAAGCUACGGCCUGCUUCGGCCUAUGUUGACGGUGAUCUGAGCCUGCAGAAGCGGUACGAAGAAGUAAAGCAGGCUGCAGAGGAGUAUCAAAUCCUCCAGGUUGGCCUUACACUGGUGGUUGAGGAUAGUCAAAAUGAUACCUAUUCGUUGCGGCCAUAUAACAUCCCUCUCAGCCCAAUCCUGGACCCAAGACUUGGUGUGGAGAGAAAAUGGUCCUUUCAGAGCAGCGCUCUGGCCUUCCUGAUGAGCCAUGGAUUUCGGGUAGAGUCGAUAUUUACAGACGGAGUUCCCUAUAUCUCGAUGAAAGAGGAACAGGAUGCAAUGGACCGAGCACGUAAAGACAAGGACAAGUCGUCGAGGUCCCUGAUUAACUUCGAUACAUUGGCUCCGGAUCAUGCGCAAUUCAUUCGACAAGUCCGGCAUAGUAUCAGGGAGUGGAUCGAGAAACCGGCCCCAAAAGAAGCCUAUCUGAAUAUACCAAAGCCCGCUGGUAUGACCGCGGCUUACAAACUCCCACUGGAACUGGAUAACUACCAGAAGCGGCUCGUCCACCAGAUCGUCCAAAGUGAGUACCCAGGCUAUGUGAGCAUAGGCAAGAAAUCUUUCAUUCAGAUACUCCCCUAUGACAAGAUGCGGGAGAAUGUUUUUCUCCAAAAGAAGCUCCAGCGCACUCGUUGCAACAUAGCUGGCCAGAAGGGUUUCAGCUGGGUCAUCGAAGCUAUGAUGGGGAGCGAGCUUUCAAAGCUCGAUUUGAGACUCCUCUGGAGGCCUGACGGCAUAUUCACCGCAGCUGAAGGAAGUAAACUCACAAAGGAAAGUGAGGCUCUCCGGGAAAAGCUGAGGUCAGGACCUCCUGUUUUAGUUGGACACAAUCUGUUCACAGACCUUGUCAACUUUUACAAAUGCUUCAUUGGCGACCUGCCUAGUCGUGUAGAGGAUUUCCAGCAAACAAUUAAUGAGCUGUUCCCUUUGGUCAUCGAUACGAAGUACAUGGCAACUAUCGGUGGAGUGUUACGAGAUGCAUCCUCAGCCCUGUCAACACUCAUGGAAAACCUGGGUUCAAGGGCGGUGCCGAAAUUUGAAACCCACCCAGAUCACUCUUCAUACACCGUCAGUACCCCAGUGCACGAAGCGGGGUAUGACAGCCUUAUGACAGCCCAGAUUUUCCUCAAGCUUGCAGUGAAGCUCUAUGAAACAAGUAGUUCGCGAGAGGCACUUGUCAAUCGAGCCAAUGGGGACGCUACCGAGAUUGACCUGAUGGAUUUAUCGACCGAACCAGAUGAGCAGGAGAAGACAGCAGACACGACGCAGCAAAAGCUCGUGUAUGGCCAUGCAACCAAAUUUGACCUCCUGUUGGACAUGGAUAAUGAAGAAAGCAGCGCUAAUUCUGUGGACCCUUCCGAGCAAGACAGUCUUCUUGAGCAGAAAGUAAUCGAAGGAAAGCUUCUUCCGCGGAUUGAAGACGACUUUUGGGACAAGUACAUAAACAAGCUCAGGGUCUUUGGAACAACUGAGGAAGUGUGUGACCUGAGCGUACACCCUUCAAGCCUGGAUCCAGAAACUAUUAAUUAG